AGCAUUUGAUCGGAAAGCUGCGUCUGUGCAUGGAAGAAUGUUGCAAGGGAGAAUUGAACGUGAGGAAAUUGGUUUGUAGUGGAGGUGUUGCGAGAAAUGGGUUUGUUAGAGAGAGGUUGAACAAGCUAGCGACGGAAUACGAUCUUGAACUGUUUUUCCCUCCUCCUGAGCUUUGCACAGAUAAUGGAGUAAUGAUUGCAUGGGCUGGAAUUGAGAGAUAUCAAUGCGGUCUAAUUGACGACUACUCUUUUGAACAAAUACCGAAAUGGCCGAUUGAUAGUUUGGGAUAA